GACUUUAAAGUAAAAGUUGAGAUUAUCAAUUACCGUAGAUAAAAACAUCUUAGUGUUGUUAGAAAAAUUAAAGUUUCUACUUAAUUAGAAAUAUUUAUGAAUUUUUAAAUGUUAUUUUGACGUUAAAAAAAAUUUAAUUUAAUUUAUGCUUGUCAUAUAUAUAUUAUUAAAAAUACAAUUAACAGUGAUUGAAUAAAUUUUUGUCAUACAAACAAUGGUAAAAUUUUUUGAGAAUAAAAAUGUAUUUCCUUUUAAAUGGGAUCAAGUAGUUCAUGGAUUUUGGCAACGCUAUCCAAAUCCAGAAAGCAAACAUGUGCUAUCAGAAGACGUGUUACAAAGAGAAAUCAGAGAGAAAUGUUUACAUUCUAUUAGGAUGUUCACAAAAACUAAUAAAUUGCCUAAAUGGGGAGAAUGUUUCAUUCAUAACAAUGUAGUUAGAAUUGUUGAAGAAUCAAUUGUUGAUCCCACAAAAAAAAUUUUAACUACAUACACAAGAAAUAUUGGUUAUACAAAUGUUAUGGGUGUUACUGAAAAAGUUGUAUAUAAAGUAAAUGAAGAAAAUCCAAGUACGACAGUUGCAGAAAGAUCAGUUUGGAUAGAAUCCAAUGUGUUUGGUAUGUCAAAAGCAAUUCAAGCAUUUGGUUUACAAAGGUUUAAAAUAAAUAGUGCUAGAGCAGUCAAAGGGUUUACUCAUGUCCUCAACAGUCUUUAUGGAACAAAUGUUGCUAAUUCAUCAGUUGGUGGAAUAAUGCAACAAAAAGGAAAACUUAAAGAAGCUUUAAAGAAAACAAAUUAUAAAAAUGGACCACUUAUUGUGCAGUGAUUAUCUAAAUUAUAACAACAUAUUUUUGUAUUGUAUACAACUACUGCCACCAGACUUUAGAAUAAUAUAAUCAUACAUAUAUUAUUUGAUAGUAUAAAAUUUCUUAUAUAUUAAUAUUAGUUAUUAAACAAUUUUUUUUUACACAUA